AUGCUGUGGGGUGCGGUUACCCUCCUUUUCCCUGCAGUUGUCAUGUCGCUUCUUUUCAUUACAGCUGGUGUGCCGGAUAUUAGGCGUUGUUGUAUUCACUCGUGUGUCGCCGCUGCUCUCGUCCCUUUAGCGGUAUUGGUGGCUAUUGGCAUUUCCAUCGCUUUAGAUCAAUGCAUUUUGUACCUUCAUGAGGCGGCCCGUAGUGCCAUACCGCAACCGCCACCGCUCCGUCAUGCGCUUCUGCAGCUGAAACCCGACAGUCUCAUGACUCUGUCCUUUCUGGAUGUGCAAAUUGUGGCAAUUUUUUUGUUUGUAUCGUACGGUUUGCAAAUUCUCUUGUACCACCUGGUUGACAUUGUGCGAUACUUGAAAAUCUCGCGACGGCGGUUGGUAAUGUAG